AUGCCUGGAAAGCUCGUUGACUGGCCGAACUGGCCCGAAUUCAGUUUCACGAAUGCCGAGACUGGAGAAGACCUCGUUGAAUACAAGAAAGCCAUUGUCGACAAGUAUGGCGAGAAUGCAUUGAGAGAGAGCUGGCUGAAGACCUGCAAAGCUCUCGAGGGCAUAACGGAUGAGAUUGCGCGGGCUGGCAGUAACUAUAUCCCAGAAGUAGGAUUCGAUGAGCUCUUCAACCAGCCAGUCGAGCGAAAACAGCGGCUGAAGGAGAUUGGCUGCUUCAAAGUGAAAAGCGUCUUCGCCAGGGAGCAGGCAGACCAGUGGUUCGCUGAUUUGAAGGCAUAUGUCGCCAGCAACAGAGAGUCUAUCUCCGGUGAGUAGAUGUAUCGUUCAAGCUUGAAAAGCGCAUCUUUAACGAGGCUUUCCUACAGGGUGGCCAAAGGAAACGCCAUUCAUCUUGAACCUGUAUUUCUCGCCCACGCAAGUUGCCGCCCGCACGCACCCAAAUAUGCUGAAGCUCAGCCGAGAGUUGAACAGCUGGUGGAGCAGUGAAGACAAGAGCAUACACGAGCCUCUUUCGUAUGCUGACGGGCUCAGAAUCCGUCCACCUGGUGUUCCGUUCUACGGUCUUGGGCCGCAUAUUGACGCAGGAAGUUUGGCUCGAUGGACUGAUCCGGUCUACCAGUCUGUCUACUCGGCUGUGUUCUCUGGAAAGCCCGAAGAGCUAGACAAUUACGAUCUGUCAUUACGGAAAGACGCCGAUCAAGCAGCAUUCAAUGGAACCGCUCACUCGACGGUGUUCCGUAGUUUUCAAGGCUGGACGGCGCUCUCCCCAGCAGCACCAGGAGAGGGUAGUUUGAUGCUCUACCCUAAUGUCAAGUGGAGCAUCGCAUACCUGCUCCUACGCCCAUUCUUCAAAGAGCCCAAGAACGAAUCGGACAUUAUGGAUGCUACCAAAUGGAGCUUCGAUCCUGAUACUCCGUGGUUUCCAGGAACCUGGAAGAGGGAUUCUCAGAUGCUGAGUCUUUCGUCGCAUCCGCACCUCCGGCUGAAAGAAUGCAUGGUACCUAUCCCAGCGAUGGAGCCGGGAGACACGAUCUGGUGGCAUGCAGACAUGUGCCAUGCAGUUGAGGUUGAGCACAAUGGGCAGCAUGAGGCUUCGGUUGCGUACAUAGCUGCCUCACCCAGCACCGAACAGAACAAGAAGUACAUGAAGCAACAGCUCCAGGACUUCCUUGAAGGCAAUACGCCACUGGAUUUCCGUCGUGACAGGAGAAUGGCGAGCGGCGAGAAAGGGCUGAAUGGCUACACGGGUGAAGCGGGCAUCCUGAGCGGAGAGGAGGGCCGCCGAGCGAUGGGAUUCGGCCUCAUAGAAGCGUGA